ACGCGGCGGCUGAGCGGAGGCCUCGUGCCGUAACGGCCAUCGCGGCGGCCGCGGCGGCGUCUGGGUGCCCUCGUCAGCUGCACAUAAGAGCCUGCCAAUUGUGUUCCCAGUGGUAUCUCAUUUCAUUGCCUCAGGAAGUCCCAGAGCAGAAAGCAAAAGAAUCACAUGCUGAAGCUGCUGAAAGAUGGCAGAGGAAGUGGUUGUAGUAGCCAAAUUUGAUUAUGUGGCCCAACAAGAACAAGAGCUGGACAUCAAGAAGAAUGAGAGAUUAUGGCUUCUAGAUGAUUCUAAGUCUUGGUGGCGAGUUCGAAAUUCUGUGAAUAAAACAGGUUUUGUGCCUUCUAACUAUGUGGAAAGGAAAAACAGUGCUCGGAAAGCAUCUAUUGUAAAAAACCUAAAGGAUACAUUAGGCAUUGGAAAAGUGAAAAGAAAACCCAGUGUACCAGAUUCUGCAUCUCCUGCUGAUGAUAGCUUUGUUGACCCAGGGGAACGUCUCUAUGACCUCAACAUGCCUGCAUAUGUGAAAUUUAACUACAUGGCAGAGAGAGAGGAUGAAUUAUCAUUGAUAAAAGGGACGAAGGUGAUCGUCAUGGAGAAGUGCAGUGAUGGGUGGUGGCGAGGUAGCUACAAUGGACAAGUUGGAUGGUUCCCUUCAAACUAUGUAACUGAGGAAGGUGACAGUCCUUUGGGUGACCAUGUGGGUUCUCUGUCAGAGAAAUUAGCAGCAGUCGUCAAUAACCUAAAUACUGGGCAAGUGUUGCAUGUGGUACAGGCUCUUUACCCAUUCAGCUCAUCCAAUGAUGAAGAACUUAAUUUUGAGAAAGGAGAUGUAAUGGAUGUUCUUGAAAAACCUGAAAACGACCCCGAGUGGUGGAAAUGCAGGAAGAUCAAUGGAAUGGUUGGUCUGGUGCCGAAAAACUACGUUACCAUUAUGCAGAAUAAUCCAUUAACCUCAGGUUUGGAACCAUCACCUCCACAGUGUGAUUACAUUAGGCCUUCACUCACUGGAAAGUUUGCUGGCAAUCCUUGGUAUUAUGGGAAAGUCACCAGGCAUCAAGCAGAAAUGGCAUUAAAUGAAAGGGGGCAUGAAGGUGAUUUCCUCAUUCGUGAUAGUGAGUCUUCGCCAAAUGAUUUCUCAGUAUCACUAAAAGCACAAGGGAAAAACAAGCAUUUUAAAGUCCAACUAAAAGAGACUGUCUACUGCAUUGGGCAGCGUAAAUUCAGCACCAUGGAAGAACUUGUAGAACAUUACAAAAAGGCACCAAUUUUUACAAGUGAACAAGGAGAAAAAUUAUAUCUUAUCAAGCAUUUAUCAUGAUACUGCUGACCAGAAAUGAUUGCUGCACAGCUCUAAUUCGUCAUGUAAUUGAAGACUGAGAAACUGUCAGUCCAAUCAUACUUGAUUGGAUAUUGCUAUUUCUAACUCUAUAUGAGAAUGACUAUAAUACAUAAGUAUUUUUAUUAUAACUCAGCCCAUACAUAUAUACUACGUAUGCAAAGCAUCUGCAUAAGCGAUUCUUUUUCCUUGGUCUUCUGUUUUAUUGUUUCCUUUGUUUUUUUCUUUGCUUCUAAUAAUAAGGUUUUAUAUUUUGAAAAAAUGAUGCAAAUCAAAAGUCUUUUUAUGGAAGAAUUUCCUUAUUGUCUCUCUUUUAUUUCCUUGUAAGGGCACCAUAUUAGUCACUUUCUCAAUGGUUUCUCUUCAUAUAAAAUUAUAUCAAUAUAUGACAUAUGCUAAAAUAAAUUUCUUGGAGAGUGUUAAUCAUUUCUGUGACUAAAUAGCAAUAAUAAAUGGAAAAUUAGAAAUUAUUUUUAGGUAUUAUAUUUGUCAUAAGCCAUUGUAAAUACCAAUCAAGUAUGUUUUGUCUGCCAUUUUUAAAAAUUCAUUUAUUGUCUUCACUGUAAAUGGGACAUAGGUUAGAAAACAUAUCUUGUACAAUUUUAAUUUACAAGUGUUGGAAACAAAAAUCUAAAUUUCUAAGACUUUCUUGGGGUGCUUCUUUUUCAUCUGGUUAUUCAAGAGAACAAAGCCGUUUUUCAAACUGUAAA